AUGGAUACAAAACAGUCCGAGGAUGCAUUCAGAGACCCGAGUCACCGCACACAAAGCAGCGGACUCAUGAUGAGGAUCAGGAACUUCAAGCCCAAGGAAGUUUUCACCUGGCAGCUGGCUAAGACGCUGUGCAUGGGUCAGGGCCUGGCGACGCUCAUCUGUGGGACAGCCGUGUCCUCCCAGUACCUGGCCACUAACUUCCAUGUUAACACACCAAUGCUGCAGAGCUUCUUGAACUACACCCUGCUGUGUGCCACCUACACCACGCUGCUCCUCUGCAAAACAGGGGAUGAAAAUAUCUUACAGAUUCUGAAGAGGCGAUGGUGGAAGUAUCUUCUUCUGGGGCUGGUGGACGUGGAGGCCAACUACACUGUGGUUAAAGCGUACCAGUACACCACUCUCACCAGUGUACAGCUGCUGGACUGCUUUGUGGUCCCGGUCCUGAUGGUCCUGUCCUGGUGGAUUUUGAAGAUGCGCUACAGGCCAGUCCACUAUGUAGCUGUCUGCGCCUGUCUCCUCGGGGUCGGGGCCAUGGUGGGGGCCGAUCUGCUGUCUGGACGAGACCAGGGCUCCACCUCAAACGUGUUGUUGGGCGAUGCUUUGGUGCUGCUCAGUGCUGCACUGUACGCUGUGUCUAAUGUGUGUCAGGAAUACACAGUGAAGAACCACAGCAGAGUGGAGUUCCUGGGCAUGGUCGGCCUGUUCGGCACCGUCAUCAGCACCAUACAGAUGGUGAUCCUGGAGCGUAAUGAACUUGCUUCCAUCCAGUGGAGCUGGCAAAUCGGUCUCCUGUUCUCUGGCUAUGCAUUGUGCAUGUAUUCUCUGUACAGCUUUAUGCCCAUAGUGAUAAGGCUGAGCAGCGCCACCUCCGUCAACCUCUCCCUGCUCACCGCUGACCUCUUCAGCCUCUUCUGUGGGAUUUUCCUCUUCCAGUACAAUUUCUCUGGACUCUACCUCGUCUCACUGGUGGUCAUCCUCAUUGGCUUCAUCAGCUUCAACGCCGUGCCAACAACCACUGCGGACACAGACCUCGCCACCUCCUCCACCUCCUCCUCCUUCUCCUCCUCUUCCAUCUGCGAGGGAGGUUUCUAUGACAACCCUGUGGCCUAUCAGAGUGACGUCACCAAACAGGAAGUGGCGGUGAGGAUCAGCACCGAGGAGGAGCGGAGGAGAGCUUCAGGGCCAUCACACAGCCUCAGAGGAAGAAGUGGUGAUAAGGAUGUUGUUGCCCUUGGAUACAGCACUAAAUUGUGA